AUGUUGUUUGGUGUUAAAUUGGCCAAUGAUGUGUAUCCGCCUUGGAAGGAUUCGUAUAUUGACUAUGAACGGCUCAAGAAACUGCUAAAAGAAGGUGUUAUUAGAGAUACGUCGAAUGGAGCAAGGAAGAAGAGUGAGGGUCGUGACUUUGCUUGGAGCGACCAUGAUGAAUCGCGAUUUGUGGAAGCGUUGGAUAAGGAGUUGGAGAAGGUUUAUGGCUUUCAAAUCAAGGAGUACAACACUUUGUUGGAGAGAUUGGGCAGAUUGGAGUCGCAGACGAACUCUGAAGAGAGUAUCAAGAACUUGGAUGCGGAUGCGUUCCAAAGCAUGCUUGAGGAUUUGCUGAGUGAGGCACAGGAAUUGGACAAUUUCUACCGUUUGAACUACACGGGAUUCGUCAAGAUUGUUAAGAAACACGAUAAACUGCACCCAAAGUAUGGUUCUGUGAAGUCACUACUGGAAGUGAGGUUGAAGGAGUUGCCAUUUCACUCUGAAGAAUUGUCGCCGCUGUUGUACCGUAUAUCGUUGCUUUACAAUAUCCUGAGAAGCAACUUCAGUAAUGUGUCGAAAUCGUUGGAGGACGCCCCUAAGUUUUCUAGUGUGACAGGCUCGUUGACGGGAGAAACGAAUUUCGAGAGUUUCAAAUUUUGGAUCCACGACGAUAAUUUGAUGGAGGUCAAGACCCGCAUCUUGAGACACUUGCCCGUGCUUGUGUACGCAUCUGCGCCGACCGAGAAUGAUGAUCUCAUUGAUAGAUAUGGGGUUCUCGAUACCGAUGUGGCAGCUGCGUCUAGCAGCUCCAGCGGCGAGAACCAGGAAGGUGUUCAGGAUAAAUCACUUGAUCCCGUUAUAAACGCGUUGUAUUUCGAUAACGAGCAGUUCGAGUUGUAUAACAACAAAUUGCUCAAAACUAACUCGGCGCCCACGUUGAGGUUGCGAUGGAUCGGUAGACUCAUCGACAAGCCGGCCAUUUUCCUUGAGAAAAGAAUGGUAGUCGAGGAUCCGCAAACUGGGAACACCGAAUUGGAAGAGACCAGGUUAGAAAUGAAGACCAAAUACAUUAACGGUUUCAUCUUCAACGGCGACGAGAAAUACAAAGAACAAACCUUGAGCAAGUUGAAGGAAAGCGGUACUAGACAGGAUGAAAUUGUCAAGGCGACCAACAAUUUCGAUUCAUUACAGAAAUUUAUCAUGCAGGAAGAAUUGCAACCUGUUUUGAGAACGACUUACCGCAGAACGGCCUUCCAAAUCCCUGGUGACGACAGAGUCAGAGUCACUAUCGAUUCCGAUAUUCUUUAUAUCAGGGAGGACUCGUUUGAUAAAGAUCGCCCCAUCAGAGACUCUAAUAACUGGCACAGAACCGACAUCGAUUCCAACAUCAGCAAUCCAAUGAAGAUCUUGAGAAGUGGUGAAUACUCUAAGUUCCCAUACUCAGUCAUGGAGAUCAAGGUGAAGAAUCCAGCGUCGGGUCAAGGAACCGGCGCUUCGACAGGCAAGCUAAGAAAACAUGGGCAAUGGAUUUCAGAGCUAACCAACUCUCAUUUGGUUAAGGAAGUGCCUAAAUUUUCUCUCUACAUUCAGGGUGUUGCAUCAUUGUUCGGUGAUCAAGAGAAACUUGACGUACUACCAUUCUGGCUGCCAGAGCUAGAGGUCGAUAUCAGGAUCGACCCCAAACAAGCCUACGAGAAAGAGAAAACGAAGAUGAAAAAGCGGAAGGAGGCUCAGGCUGAGAUUGAUAGGAUGAGGAGAUUCUCGCGAAUCUCUUAUCCAAAUAUUGCUGAGCAGCAGCAGACAAGACAAGCCCAAGAAGAAAACCAAUCACGAGUGAAACAAAUCGAGGCUGAUCUUGAGGACCAUGAGUCGUCUGAUGAGGAAGAUGAAGCACACAGAAAGAAGACAUCUAGGAAACACAAGCCCAGAACCGAGGCUACUUUCUUGAAAAUUUUGGCUGGACAAAACCCAAAGCUGACAGGUGUCGACUCCGAAGACGAGGAGAUUUCCUUACCGCCUGGUGUUCAAAAACCAACCAGCUACAUUAAGAACGCUGGUCCCGUCAAGGUCGAGGCCAAAGUUUGGUUGGCAAACGAACGUACUUUCAACAGAUGGUUAAGAGUGACGAGUUUAUUAAGUAUUCUAACCUUCUCCAUCUACAAUUCGGUCAAGAAAGCUGAGUUUCCGGAACUAGCCAACUUCCUCGCCUACGUAUUCUUCGGCUUGACGAUCUUCACCGGCAUCUGGUCCUACUCGGUUUACCUAAAGAGAUUGAGCGCUAUUAAAGAAAGAAACGGAAAACACUUGGACGCUCCGUUGGGUCCAAUCCUUCUGGCUGCUGUGAUAUCUAUCACUUUGGUCAUCAACUUCGUUGUCGCAUUCAGAGAAGCAUACAAGGAUCAGAACAAUUCAUUCUCGACCAUGACAAGCGGCGAAUUGCCCAGCGCUCUCAAGCCAAUUCAAACCUUCAUAUUUCGCCUCGUCGGUGCAAAGAAGUAA